CCGAGAUGGCGGCGGGUGGCGAUGGCGGCGCGCUGGGCUGCGGGCUGUCCAUGGAGCGAGUCCGCGCCCUCACCGAGCUGUCCGAGCUGGAGGCCGCUUACAGCCGGCUGUGCGAGGAGGAGAGCACCGUGCAGCAGGAGCUGGACGCCCUCCUGGAGCAGCAGGGCACCAUCGAGAGCAAAAUGGUGGCCCUGCAGCGUAUGGGCCCCAACCUGCAGCUCAUCGAGGGGGAUGCCCAGCAGCUGGCAGGAAUGAUCACCUUCACAUGUAACCUGGCUGAGAAUGUCAGCAGCAAAGUCCGGCAGCUGGAUCUGGCCAAGAAUCGACUCUAUCAGGCCAUUCAGAGAGCUGACGACAUACUAGACCUAAAGUUCUGCAUGGAUGGAGUUCAAACAGCCCUGCGAAAUGAAGAUUAUGAACAAGCAGCAGCUCACAUUCAUCGCUAUCUGUCUCUGGACAAAUCAGUGAUUGAGCUCAGCCGUCAAGGCAAGGAAGGGGGCAUAAUUGAUGCCAACCUGAAGCUCCUGCAGGAAUCAGAGCAGCGCCUGAAGACAAUUGUCACAGAGAAAUUCGACACAGCUAUGAAGCAGGGAGACCUGCCCCAGGUGGAACGAUUCUUCAAAAUCUUUCCCCUGCUAGGCUUACAUGAAGAGGGGCUGAGCAAGUUCUCAGAGUACCUCUGCAAGCAGGUGGCCAAGAAAGCAGAGGAGAACCUGCAGCUGGUGAUGGGGACAGACAUGAGUGACCGUCGAGCUGCUGUCAUCUUUGCAGAUACCUUGACACUCCUCUUUGAAGGGAUUGCUCGUGUUGUGGAGACCCACCAGCCCAUCGUGGAAACCUACUAUGGGCCGGGGAGGCUGUACACCCUCAUCAAGCACCUGCAAGGAGAGUGUGAUCAGCAGGUGGAGAAAGUGGUGGAGAAGUUUGUCAAAGAGAGGGACUAUCACAGACAGUUCCAGCAGGUUCAGAACAGCAUGAUGAGAAGUUCUUCUGCAGAGAAGAUUGAACCGAGGGAACUUGACCCGAUUUUAACAGAGGUCACCCUGAUGAAUGCCCGCAGUGAGCUCUACUUGAGGUUCAUCAAGAGACGAAUAGUAGCUGAUUUUGAGGUGGGAGACUCCAUGGCCUCUGAGGAAGUAAAGCAAGAACACCAAAAAUACCUGGACAAACUCCUCAACAACUGUCUGCUGAGCUGCACCAUGCAAGAACUCAUUGGCUACUACAUCACCAUGGAGCAAUAUUUCAUGAGGGAGACUGUCAACAAGGCUGUUGCCAUGGACAGCUAUGAGAAGGGCCAGCUCACCUCCAGCAUGGUGGAUGAUGUGUUUUAUAUAGUGAAGAAGUGCAUUGGGCGUGCUCUAUCCAGUUCCAACAUAGACUGUCUCUGUGCCAUGAUCAACCACUCCACCACCGAGCUGGAGUCUGACUUCAGGGAGGUUCUGUGCAACAAGCUGAAGCAGGGCUUUCCAGCAACGACCUUCCAGGACUUUCAGAGAGGCGUCACCAGUGCUGUGAACAUCAUGCACAGCAGUCUGCAGCAGGGCAAGUUUGAUACAAAGGGCAUCGAAAGCACCGAUGAGGCCAAGCAGUCCUUUUUGGUGACCUUAAACAACGUGGAAGUCUGCAGUGAAAACAUCAUGACCCUGAAGAAGACUUUAGAGAGCGACUGCGCCAAACUGCUUAGCCAAGGCUUUGGGGGUGAACAAGCACAAGCCAAGAUUGAUAGCUGCCUCUCUGACAUGGCUGACGUCUCCAACAAGUUCCGUGACCUCCUGCAGGAAGGUGUCAAUGACCUGAACAACACAGCCAUCAAACCCCAGGUGAAGCCAUGGAUCAACCUAUUCCUCUCCAUCUCCCACAGCAUUGAGGAGGAAGAAUUCAGUGACUAUGAAGCUAAUGAUCCCUGGGUCCAGCAGUUCAUUGUCCACCUGGAACAGCAGAUGACAGAGUUCAAGGCUGGACUGUCACCAGCAAUUUAUGAUAACCUUACUGGCCUCAUGACCAGCCUCAUAGCCACGGAACUGGAGAAAGUGCUCCUCAAAUCCAGCUUUAACAGGCUUGGUGGUCUGCAGUUUGACAAGGAGCUGAGGUCUCUCAUAGCCUACCUCACCACGGUCACCACCUGGACCAUCCGCGACAAGUUUGCACGUCUUUCCCAAAUAGCUACCAUCCUCAAUCUGGAAAGGGUGACAGAGAUCCUGGAUUACUGGGGCCCCAACUCGGGCCCGCUCACCUGGCGCCUCACUCCUGCAGAGGUCCGGCGGGUGUUGGCUCUCCGAAAGGAUUUCCGUGAUGAGGACAUCAAGAGGCUGCGCCUGUAGUUCUCUGCACACGAGCACCCUGAAGGAGGACCAUGAGAACACAGCUCUGCCUGGAGGCCAGCUGUGACCCUAGCAGCCUGUCCUUCCAGUACAUCCUUGGGCCUGCCCAGCUCCAGUCUGUGUGAGUUUUGGGCCCAGCAACAGCACGUAAAGGCCACAUCAAAACAUAAGGCACCUGCUGGAGCCAGCUGCCAGGCUCCAUGAGUGGCAUCCCCAGCUCUGCUGGGACCUGGCUGUGUUCUGCAGCACUGGACCGAGUGUGUCACGGGGCUGAGGCACCCAGCAAGGAGAAUCCAUGAGCAGCCCUGGCUGCAGCAGCAGGGAGCUGAGACAUGGGGAUCUUCCUGAUUUGCGUGGCAGCCAUAUCCUCUGUCCCAGAUGUCCCCCAGCAAUGGCUGAAGGCCUUCACAUGGCCAUGUCCUCUCCAGGGUGAGCGCUGCUGUUAGGAUCACAUCCCACCACUUCCAUGGAGAAACCUCCUGUGUCCACUUCAAUGCUGUGAAUGCUGAAGUUGUCCAGGCCCUGUAAAAAAGGAGUUAAUGGGGCAGUAGUCAGCAAGGGACUCUCUCUCUCACACACACACACUAAACAGGCUUGUCCUACUUGUGGCUGGGGGGGAGGGAUGCUUCUAGUGCAUGAAUCAGGCUUCUGCAAACCACCUGCAAUGCUGGGCUUUGCGAGCAGCUUUUGGCCAAUGUAACAGCUGGAGGCACAGAUCUCACCUCUGUUUUUGCUAGAAUUUGGUGCAAAGCCUCUUUUUGCUGAGGGACUUUGGUUAAGACGUAAAGGAAACCACCACCACCAGCCCCAGCCAAGCACUGCCCGUAGACAUAAGGCUGCAGAGCAUCCAUCAUGCGCCCGACGGCCAGCGGCUCACACCCAGGGGCCAUGCAUUUCUUCUGCUGCCAGUAGACGUCCAGACACUUGCCAAUGAGUGGCAGGUUUCCUACAGGACAGAGGAUGUGACAGAGAAGAAAAGAUUUGUCUCCAGUCCUCCUAAAGGGCAGAAACCUGCUCAGCCUGAGCUCACUUCUGCCUUCUCAUCUACCCCAAUCCUCUGCCUGCUGAGCAAGCCAUCCCCGCUGUUGCUUUGCUUUUCAUUUUUAAUCCUCCACAGGGUGAGAAUUUGCUUGCUUUCAUGCUCCAGCUUCCCCUCCUCUGCAUUCCAGCAGACAAAAUCCAAAUGAAUCCACUUCAUAGGCUAGCUGUGACCCCCACUCCCAUUACUGAUGACUCAAGAAAAUCACACUCAGUGUGCCCCACAGGAGCCUCUUCCAGUCCCCCCCCUCUCAAGAUCUUAGUUUAAGCCUCAAUUUGGGGGUGUUGCCUAUAAAAUGCAGGUAAGCCUAAGGUUGCUUCAGCUGUUGGACCCUGCACUGCCCUAGCUUUUGUCCCCAUAGACUCUCUGGGGGAUAUUUUGCUGCUUCAGUUGUUAGAAGGGACAGCCUGGCGCAGGGAGGGGAGCUCACACCUUGCCUCAAGGCCCAGGCACACUCCUCAGCAUUAUUCACCAGAGCGUCGGCAUUUUGUACAAUGGAGGGCAGCCUGGCAUACCAGUUCCUCACCACGUCCUGCAAGAGGCCAGGUUGUUGGAGACGAGCACCUUGGCCCACAAGUGUCCCCAUCACCACCCUGCUGGCUUGAGUGGCACAGCCUCUCCCCAAGGGGACGUGCACUGAGGGGGAGCAGAGCCAGAGCCCCUGUGUUACCUGGAGCAGGUUGCGAGCCAGGCGAGUCUUCCCCGUGUACACGAGCAGCAAGUGAUCGCUGAGGAUCCGGGCAAAGCCUUCAGGCACCAGGAUCUCCUCCACCUCCACCCUGAGUGGCAGCCGGGCCUCCGACCUCCCGAUCUUGAUGCCAGGCACCAGCCCACCCACCUGGUCCUGCCACCCGCCACCUGCAGCGCACAGGAUCCUCAGCUGGAGCCCAGACCCCCCCGCCCCAUGACA